AUGUGCCUAAAUUAUGGUUCUUCUUCAUCAACACCAGAACAAAUCAUAAGGUUUUCUGAUUGGAUACUACAAAUUAGUGAUGACAGAGUAUCUGAACCUAGUGAUGGAUAUGCUGAACUCUCAAUUCCAAAUGAGUUCUUAUUGUUUGAUUUUACCGAUCAUAUUGAAGCAAUUGUUACAAGUAUAUAUCCGAAUUUUAUUACCAACUACAAAGAUCCUUAUUAUGUUCAAUGUAGAAAAAUCUUGGCUUCAACUAUUAAUGAUGUCGAUUAUAUAAAUGCUUAUGUCCCAAAUCUAAUAACAAGAAAUGAGAAGGAAUAUCUAAGUUGUGAUUCUAUUCACCAUUCUGAAGCUACUAAUUUUGAUGCUUUUUGA